AUGGACAGCGACUACGUUUCCAUCCUGCUCGCGGGCACCGCGGGGCUCGACUUCGGCGUGCCGGGCCUCAACGCCGGCUUCUUCGAGACGCUCUGCGGUGCCGGCGGCGCGGGCGCCGCCGGGCUCGCCGCCAUGUUCGGGGACCGGGCGGCCGGGAUGCACGGCUUCGGAAACGGCGGCCAGUUCGGGCCCGCGGAGGGGGGCGGCGGGGAGCUCGCCGCCGCGUCCCGGGAGGGCUCCUCCGUCUCUGACCCGGCGUGUGCGUACGGCGCGAAUGCCAAGAAGCGAAAGGCGCCCUCCGCGGGCGCCGCCAAGGGAAAGGAGGCCGCGGCCACCUUCGCCAAGAUGAGGGAGGCGACGGGGCCGGACUCGAAGAAAUGCAAAAUUGAGAACGAGACGGUGAGGCCCAAGGUGGAGGAGGAGGCGGCCACGGCCAGCGACGGAUCGGCCAGCGGGGAGAGGGGCCGUAAUCAGGCCAAGGGCAAGGGCCCCAAGUCCAAGCAGCCGGCGGCGGACGAGCCGCCCAGGGACUACGUCCACGUCCGGGCCAGGAGAGGCCAGGCCACCGACAGCCACAGCCUUGUUGAGAGGGUUAGAAGAGAAAAGACCCGUACCUGGUUCAAAAAGGGACAGUGCGCUAGGCGGGCGAUGGGCCUAGGCGGGCACCUGGAACCUGGCAUUAAAUUUGCUCCUGGAUUUGGUUUUAAUGGAGGCGUGUACAACAUUCAACCUUUGUAUGCUGCUGCUGUUACCUACAACACUGAGUCCCCCAGCUUGGGUCGCCACAAAUGUCUCUUGUUCCUGUUGAACAGCAGCAGCCUCAUCCAAUGGCUCAGCACAUGCCUGGUCGCCGGCUCCAUCACCUAA